AUGGUCACAAUCCCACCUCCUGGUUGGAUCACUGCUGCCCACAAGCACGCUGUCAAAGUUCUUGGAACAUUCAUCCUGGGCAAGGAUGGCACCAAAGCCCUCAACACCAUCCGAUUUUCUGGCCUGACAUCCCAGGUUGCGGUCCAGCUGGCGAACGUUGCAAGGGUCGGCAGGUUUGACGGAUGGCUCAUAAGCAUCGGGUGCAAGAUGGAUCCCAGCUGUAUUUCAUUCUUGGAGAACUUGCUGUCGUCCAUCACCGAAGAAACGCACAAAGCCGUACCCGGGUCGCUGGUGAUCUGGUACGACGCCGUGGACGUCGACGGCAACGCGAAGCCGCACAACGAGCUGAACGAAAAAAACGCCUGCUUCUUUGACCUGUGCGACGGCAUAUUCCUCGACUUCCGCUGGACCGAAGACAUGCUCCUGAACUCCGCACGAGUUGCGGGCGACCGCAAAGCCGACGUCUACGCCGGCGUCGACGUAUACGCGCGUGAGACAUGGUACUCUGGUGGCUACGACAUGUACAAGGCUGUCCAGCUCGCCCACAGAUGCGGCUUGUCGGCGGCCGUCUUUGCGGCUGGCUGGGUGUACGAGACCCAAGACGAGAAAAAUUUCGCGGCAAACCAGCGCAGGUUGUGGGCACUGCCGGAGGACUGCCGCUCACAGUGCAAGGUUACGGCACUUCCCUUGUCCACAACGUUCUGCCAGGGAUGCGGUACUCGUCUGUACAACCAAGGCCGGGUUGUCAAACCAGCACCGUGGUUUGAUCUUUCAAAGCAGCAGCUGCAGCCCCGAGAUCAAGGAACGAACCUCUGCGGCAGUGGCGGGUCGGCCAUAUUGUCUACCGCGACCUCUUACACUGGUGGCGGCUGUCUCUAUUUGCACUACAGUCCAGAAAAGGCACCAGGAUCCACUUUGAUCCCUUACUUCAAGUUGUUCGGCUUCGAUCUGCCACUGGGCUCACUGUGCGUCAGCUACGCUUUCAAGAACAAGCAGCAGGGCUCCUUGGCGGGGCACGACGUGAACCUGAUCCUUCGAGUCCGGGACGUCGGUGGCAAGGAGGACGAGCUGUCACUGGGCUCAGUGAUUGUCGUCCCCCAGAGUGAGAAGUACAUCGUGGAGCGCGAGAUCACCGACAGCGCCCAAGGUGACCUGAGCCUCGCUCAAGGUGGCUGGUUGACAAGAAAGUAUUAUGUGAAAGAUGCCACGGGCUCGGCUCUCCUUGAAGAAAUAGGGAUUUCCUUUAAUGCCAAUGAAGAAAUAGCUUGCUACCUUGGCGAGCUCGUCGUUAAGCGGCCGGAGAUUACGUCCGAAAGAGAGGCGGCGGGGGACCCGAAAGAUUGCGGACAACACGACCAGGCCGAAGAAGGGCUCGAAUCAAUCACUUUUGAAUACUCGAUGUCUAGUGACGAAAGCGACUAG